AUGUCUAGAAGUAAGCAUUUCAAUUAAAUAAUAUAGACAAGAAAUCAGAACCCUUAUUAAUGGAUGUCGAUAUAGUAGAAAAGGAAUCACAUUAGAGAAUAAAAGAAGGUAUAAUGAUUUUCUGAUUUAUCUAGAAAUAAAAAGAAAAGGAAUUUCUAGUGAACCACAUCCUAAGGAUAGAGAAUCUGGAACAGGUAGAGGGUAUGAUAAUUAAUUAAUAAAAUAAUAGUAAAGAAAUGAGAAAGAAUGGAGUAGGAAAAAAUAAUUGGGGAACAUACAAAGAUGAUUUGAAAGAAUAUGAAUUUGAUGAAGAUGUGUCAGAAGAUAUUUAUUAUGAAGAAAUAGAACAAAAUUCUAAUAAAUUUAAAGCAGUUGACUAAGGAAUCAUAAUUGAUGAUCAUAAUUUCCCAAAACUUAAUUGA